UGCAAGAAGCAGAGCAUGCAGAAAAAGCUCCGCAAGGCAACAGUGCGGCUGCUCGGGUGUUUGAGGCUGCGGCGGCACCGGCGCUUCCAGCGGAUUACCAUGAUUGCCACAACUCAACAAAACAUGACCACGGAGCUGGACCUGGGAAGUACCGACGGUCCCCCGCGGAACUGGAAGGGCAUAGGAAUUGCAAUGGUGGUGAUCCUGGCUGUUAUGUCCCUGGUCCUUCUCUCCGUUGUCCUCCUCACACCUGAUGAAUCUCACUUGUUACUCCGAUCCCAUCUCACCAUGGAGGAUCUGGAGGCUGAGGAUUUCAAAGUGCAUGACCCCUGUGUGGCUUGGUUGAACGAAAACGAAGUGGCUCUUCAUACCAGAGAGGGCCAUGUUCUGAUGUUCAGUCUCAACAACAACCUCACCACAACUCUGCUUGACAACAGCUCCCUGGACCUCACCACAACUAAAGUCCAAGUGUCUGCAGACAAGAGUUUUAUCCUCUUGGCAUAUAACAUUCGACCGGUGUUCUCUCAGUCCUUCACAGCCUCCUAUGCUAUCUACAAUGUGGCUAAUGGGGAUCUGGUGGAGAUCAGCCCUGCAGAGGGAGCGAAGGCAGCGCUGCAGUACGCCUCAUGGGGCCCUCAGGGCAACCAGCUGGCCUAUGUGUUCAACGGAGAUAUAUACUACAAGCCCACUGUGACCAGCACCGCGGUGCGUCUCACCAACACUGAGCAGGAGCAGAACGUGGUGAACGGGCUGUCUGACUGGACUUAUGAAGAGGAGGUGCUCCUGACAUAUGUCGCCCACUGGUGGUCUGUGGAUGGAGCCCGGCUGGCGUACCUCAGCAUCAACAACUCUGCCACGCCAGUGAUGGAGAUACCUCACUUCUUAGGGGGUCUCUAUCCAUCCAACGUGCUCUUCCACUACCCCAAGGCUGGUUCAAACAUCCCAUCAGUCAGUCUGUUUGUGGUGAAUCUGUACGGUCCAGCUCACACUCUGGAGAUGAUGCCUCCUGACUCGCUCAGAACCAGAGACUGCUACAUCUCCAUGGUGACUUGGAUCGGCAGCACCCGGCUCGCGGUUCGCUGGUUGAAUCGCGCCCAGAACCAAUCGCUGCUCUGCGUGUGCGAGGCCACCACAGGGGCCUGCUCAGAGAAACACAAAAUGCCAAUGGACAUGACCCUAAACCAGCGACAGGACGUUCCGCUGUUUUCGGCAGAUGGGUCGGUGUUUUACGCGAUCCUGCCGGCCAAGCAGGGCGCUCGUGGGGAGUUUCACCACAUCGCUGGUCUCUCAGCUCAGCCUGUCAUCCCUUCUGUCCCCCCUCGCUUCCUGACAUCGGGGAGCUGGGAUGUCACCUUGCUCUGUGCCCUAGACGAGAAGGCUGGAAAAAUCUAUUUCCUGAGCACUGAGGAGUCCAGACAAGCCAGACACCUUUACAGCGUGGACCUGGAUGGAGUGUUUCAGCGCUGGUGCAUCUCCUGUGACCUCAUAGACGGAUGUGACUUCUUCAGAGCCGAAUUCAGCCCCAAUCAAACCCACUUCACUCUCUAUUGCUUAGGCCCAGGCGUUCCUAAAGUAACAGUUCACAGUACCAAGGACCCCUCCAGAUAUGUUGUCUUGGAGGAUAACAGCCCUCUGUCUAAAGCCCUGGAGGAUAAGAGUCUUCCUGAGACGUUAUUUAGGACGCUUGCGGCAGACAACUACGAUAUACACCUUAAAUUAUCUCUACCUCAGGGUUACGAGGCCAACCUGCACCCUCUCCUCGUCAUUGUCGACGGCGUUCCUGGGAGUCCGGCGGCGACGGAGGAGUUUGCCCUCGGCUGGCCUCAGGUCCUCUGCAGCGCGCACAACGUGGCCCUGGCGUGGGUGGACGGACGGACCGGGGUGGGCCGCGGACAGAAGACGGCCGCUGUGGAUGCACGCAAGCUGGGCUCGCUCAGGGUUAAAGAUUACCUGGCAGUUGUAGAGUUACUAAUGCAGCUGCCGUACAUUGACGAUCGCCGGAUGGCCCUCUAUGGCAAGGCAUUCGGUGGUUAUUUAACUCUCAAGAUGUUAACUGCAACAGAUAACCUAUUUCAGUGCACAGCCGCUGUGGCCCCGGUAACAGAUUUCAGGCUUUACAGUGCUUCAUUCUCAGAGAGGUAUUUCGGUCUUCCAGCGAAGGAGGAGCACGCAUACUCGACGGCCUCUUUGCUGGAGGAGGUUAACAAGCUAAAGGAUGAGAAUUUCCUUAUUCUACACGGCACUGCAGAUGCAAGGGUACACUUCCAGCACAGCGCCGAGCUCCUGAGCCGACUGGUGAAAGUUGAAGCGAACUACUCCCUGCAACUGUACCCUGACGAGGGCCACAUCCUGCGGGAGUCACGCAGUAUCCAGCACUUCCAGCGGACAGUAGUGAACUACCUCCAGAACUGCUUGAAACACAGCACCCUCAUAGAAACCAUAGACGAGGAAGAGGAGGAAGAUGACUGAGCCCAGAGUUCUACUUCUCUUCCUCUUGGAAGAACUUUCUUAGGACUUUAUGCCAUCUUAUGCAUUACCUUAGGUCAGAUUAUCAGGUGCAAGAGCACAUGAGUGGGGACCAAACACAUCACAUCAACACCUACAACUUCUGGAUAAUUUAUGUACUAUGUACCUUGUGGCGUACAAUUAUUUUUGCUGUUAUACUGUAUGUUUGUUUACAAAAUUCACUCAAGGUUGCAAAGACUGGAUGGCUACUGAUUCUUCCAGACGUUUACAAAGAUGUUAAAGCAUGCAUGUCAUAAUGGCUGCAUGAUGUACAUUUGUUUACAUUGCAUUGUUUGUGUUUUGCAGGUUUUAGAUUUUGGCCAGCAGGGUUGAGAAUGUAAAACGUGGUAUGGGCCAGUAACACACUGGAAGUCUCUGAACUGUACUUAUUAAUGUGCUGAGAAACUUUGAAUUGUAUAUUUAAUAAAUUCACAGAAUGCUCAACAUUUUUCAUGCAGAUUUCUAUGAAAUAUCAGGUCAGUGUAAAUUAACACGUGAUUAAAAAUGAAAAUGCAAAAAUGAAGAUGCAAUCUUGACUAUGGCACAAUAAACACAAUAAGAAAGUC